AUGCUACAGAAUUUUAAGGAAAGGAGGUUAAAUGAAAGAGUUAGAGUGAGGGAUAAAUAUGAAUUUUUAGGAUUUCUUAGUUCAGGUACUUAUGGUAGAGUUUACAAAGUAAAACUUAAACAAAAAGACAAAAGUCAAGAAUCAUCAUCACCUGAAGAAAAAGAAGUUUUUCUCGCAAUCAAAAAAUUUAAACCUGAUAAGGAAGGUGAACCUAACACUUAUACCGGAAUUUCUCAAUCAGCAUGCAGAGAAAUAUCAUUAUGUCGUGAACUUCAUCACGAAAAUGUAAUAGAAUUGAAAGAAGUUUUACUUGAAGACACAUCAAUCAAUAUGGUGCUUGAUUAUGCUGAACAUGAUUUUCUUCAAAUAAUUCAUCAUCAUUCACAAAAUGAAAGAAAACCAAUACCAGAAUUCACAGUCAAAUCUUUCUUAUGGCAAUUAUUAAAUGGUGUUGCGUAUUUGCAUGCAAAUUGGAUACUACAUAGAGAUUUAAAACCUGCAAAUAUUUUAGUUAUAGCUGAAGGUGUUGUUAAAAUUGGUGAUUUGGGAUUAGCAAGGAUAUAUAGUAGGCCUUUACAACCAUUAUAUAAUGGAGAUAAAGUAGUUGUUACAAUUUGGUAUCGAGCACCAGAAUUAUUACUUGGUUCAAAACAUUAUACUACAGCAAUUGAUAUUUGGGCUGUUGGGUGUAUAUUUGCUGAAUUAUUGACUUUAAGACCUAUAUUUAAAGGUGAAGAGGCAAAAAUGGAUAGUAAGAAAAAUGUUCCAUUCCAAAAAAAUCAAUUAAUUAAAAUAUUUGAUGUAUUAGGAACACCUACAAAGGAUCAAUGGCCUACAAUUGAUCAACAACCAGAAUAUCAUAAUAUACUCAGCAUGAAACAAACUGAUAAUCGGUUAAAAAGUUUUUAUCAAAAUUCACGUUCAUCACCUUCUGAAGCAGGUUUUGAUCUUUUAGCUAAAAUGUUGGAAUAUGAUCCUACAAGAAGAAUUAAUGCUGAAGAUGCUUUAAACCAUCCUUAUUUUUCAGAAGAGCCAUUGCCUUCUAUGGAAUCUUUUAAAGGCCAACCAUUUCAAUAUCCACUAAGAACUUUGAAACAAGAUGAUUCUGAUGUCAAGGUUGUACAACCAGUACCUGGAACAGUUGUUCAAAGUCAACAGCAGCAGCAACUACAACAAUCAGGGACAUCUUCUCAAGGUGCAAUAGCAGUGAAAAAACAUAAUCAGAAUGGAAAAGAUGAAGGAAGACCUGUUAAGAGAAGAGUAACACCCUCUUCUACUACAUCAAUAAUAACAAAGGAUCAAUGGCCUACAAUUGAUCAACAACCAGAAUAUCAUAAUAUACUCAGCAUGAAACAAACUGAUAAUCGGUUAAAAAGUUUUUAUCAAAAUUCACGUUCAUCACCUUCUGAAGCAGGUUUUGAUCUUUUAGCUAAAAUGUUGGAAUAUGAUCCUACAAGAAGAAUUAAUGCUGAAGAUGCUUUAAACCAUCCUUAUUUUUCAGAAGAGCCAUUGCCUUCUAUGGAAUCUUUUAAAGGCCAACCAUUUCAAUAUCCACUAAGAACUUUGAAACAAGAUGAUUCUGAUGUCAAGGUUGUACAACCAGUACCUGGAACAGUUGUUCAAAGUCAACAGCAGCAGCAACUACAACAAUCAGGGACAUCUUCUCAAGGUGCAAUAGCAGUGAAAAAACAUAAUCAGAAUGGAAAAGAUGAAGGAAGACCUGUUAAGAGAAGAGGUUAA